AUGGAAGCCGCCGGCCCUCUCCCUGCCUCACAUGCACGAGCCUCUCCCCCUUCCCUAGAGCUGCGAAAUGGAAACACCAGCCAGGGAACAGAAACCGCACGGACGCCACAUUCCUCAGCGACUCCCCCUCCGUUACCCGGUCAACUAGGACGUGCAACCGGGAGGAGCCGCCGCCGCCUAAAAUCCGCCUGCUUGGCUGUCGAUGAAAUCCAGCUGGCCAGGCGCAGGCAUUCCCCUUCGCCCUGCCGGGAGGGGCGCCGAGAUCCUCGCGCUUCUCCUCUUUCGCCCCUGCUCUCCUGGAAGGCCUUCCCCACUCACCUCCCCCAGCGUUGGCGAAGGAGGGAAGCAGCCCGGCGAGGAAGGGACGGAAGCCCCCCGACUCGUCUGGGGGCGCCGCCGCCGCAGGGGGAGGAGGGGACGCGCACCGUGGACCUCUCCUUGGCGCAGAGAGCCUCCUCCGGCUGGGGCAGCGAGAGCAGGGGGAGAAAACCCGCCCCUCCGCCUUUCCUCUCCAGCUCACUCACCCUCUCGCGCUCUCUUUUCCGGCGACAACCUCCCUUUCUAAUCGUUCGCACUCUUCGGAGCCGAGCAAGGGAAAAGCACUCCGGCAGGCGGCCAAUGGGAAUGCCGCCACGCUUACACCCCUCCUCCUCCUCCUCCUCCUCCUCUCACGACCUGCCCACGCCAGCGGUAUACAGGUCCAAAUGGAAGAUAAAACAUCUGACUGGAAACAACAUAUUGGACUGCAAAGAUGGCCUCAUUACUACUUUAUUACCCAAGGUGUUGAAGUAUGAUAAAAUAUUAAUUAUGCAGGAGGAACUGAACCAACUUUUGAAACACACAGAAAAGUGGAAGAGCAAAACUCUUCUGUUAUGUGUCAUUUCUUCCAAAGUAGAGUUGACAUUCCAAAAAGAAUAGAUUGGGUGCGGCAACAGGAAGGAGCAAAGGGAAGAGCCUUGGAGUUGAUCCAGGAAAAUAGAACAUGGGAAAACAGGAGAAGAUACAUCAGAAUCAUCUUAACUUUCAAGUACCUUGUGUUCCUUACAGGAAUGAUAGAAAUUAGAAUGUACAUGUCACACACACAUACCCCCCAAACCCCAAGAAAAUAGAUAAUGGUCAUCAGCUGAGGUCACUUUCUGGGUCAUAGCCUUUGAAGGGAGGCAGUUCCCUUGGUCCCACCAGAGAGAUGAUUCUAAUCAAUCUUUGCUAAAAUGAUUGGAUGGGACAAAUGGGAAAAACUUCAAUGUCAUAGUAUGCUGUCAGAAGAAAAGUGGGGCAAGGUCCUCAAAUGAAUAUUCUGCCCCUGAAGUUCUCAGAGGCUUAAAAUGGCAGUGUCCUGUGUUUAUAACAAUGGAUGCAAAACCAUUUGAUCUUUUAAUUCAGGAGAAUAUGUGUCUUACCAGAUAUGGGUGACUGUAUCCCCGCAUAGCUCCAACCUUUAUGGCCAACUGGUCAGCGAUCCUGGGAGCUGUACUUCAGCAAAAUCUGGAGAGUCCAAGAGUGCCCAAUCAUGUUUUAAAUCUUAUUAAAUGACCUAUAAUGCUGUCUUUUUUUAACUAACGUACUAAAGAAUUUUAUUUUUUUUUUGGCAGAAUUUUAAUGUACAUUUUUGUCAGAUGUUCAAAACUGGAACUUUUUCCCCCCAGAUUUGUCAAAGAAACUCUUAUGUAUGAAACAGUCAAGUACUGUAUGUUGUCCAUGCUUGCAUUCCCAUGUAAUAUUAGUGGAACAGAAGACCACUAGUACAGCUGAGAAUCUAUAGUAUUUUCUGUAUAUUAGUUUUGAUCUAAUGUAAGCCACUCUAAUGAACUUUAUCUUUUGUUGUAUCAAAAGUUUCUAAAUGGGUAUAUCACUUUCUCUUCAAUUUCCUCUUUUCUUUUGAAGUUUGAGCUAUGUAUGAGAUUACACUUACUUCAGAUUUUUGGAUCCCUGGUAUGCCAAUGUAAUGAUAUAUCUUAUCAGCAAAACAGUAUGUGUACAUUUUAAGACACACAAGUAAAAUAAUACUUAGAAAGAAAUCCUGUUAUUCAUAAAUGAAUAACUCAGUGAAACAUUUAUUAACUGGAUUUUACGUACAUCUUACAAUAGUGAAGGCAGUUUUACUCGUCCGUAAAACUGGACCUAACUGAACUGAAAUGGAGUUUUUAAGAAACAUUGAAUAUGUGUACAAACCAAAAUAAAACACACUUCCUUUAUUCCAGUGGAUGCAA